CCAGAAGGUUUCCGCAGGUUACUUACCUCGACUAAAUGUUUUACAAGUGCAGCUUUGCCUGAGAUGUCCUUCUAUGUCCCACCGAGGAAAACAGUUCUGAUGGACUUAUAACGGAAAAGACUCACAACAAAAUUACUUCUGGAAUGCACGAAACCAUUAGACGAAGCGUAGGAGGAGCUCCGCUGAAUUCUCUUCCAAGGACGGAGAACACAUUCUCUCUCUCUCUCUCUCGUCCGUUUUACUAACGUAUCCCCGUACUUACCCCCUUGCACAGAAGAGAAGGCAGGGAGUGGUCGGAAGAAAGAAAAGAGGACAGACUUAAUAAUUUAUCCCGAGAGGAAAAAAAAGGCGAUGUCGGUAGCAGUCUCCACAGAUCUGACGGUGCAGGUGUCGGAGGAUACAAAUGUUGUUAAGCUGAUUGACAGACAGCAAGCUCUGCGCAAUGCCAUCCAGAGAGGAGAGCCCAAAUGUCUGGGGGUGAGUCAGGUGAUGCUGGGGCUGAUGGUCAUGUCCUACUCCAUUCCUCUGCACUUCACUGUCCUAACUGAAGUGGUGAACCUUGGAGUUCCUUGGUGGAGCGGCUUAACGUUCAUCACAGCGGGAGUGGUGGCUAUCGUCUUGGACAAACACUGCACCAUGAAGAUUCUGCGGGUGUGUUUGAUGGUGAGCGGGGUGUCCAUCGUGCUGUCAGUGGUGGCUGUGAUCAUCUACUCUGUGGACAUCAACAGGAAUCCGGAGUUGCCCUGCAUCAAGACGUCACACGGCAACUGUAACGAGGAACACCACGCCACGAUGCUGAGCAGAGGACUGAAGUCGUCCCUCCUUGUCUUCACCCUGGCCCAGACAGCCAUCUCUGCUAUUGUCUGCUUCCUACUCUUCAGGCAGAAACACAACUUUGGACAGUAUGCUACUCUCACUCAAGCUGCUCCAUCAACCCCCACAUCAUUCUCACCCGCCGACCUGAACUGAUCAAUCGUUGGACCACUAGUCUUUGAGGUGAUGGAUCACUUCCCAUCAAGACCUCUUUCACAAAGGUGACUGAUCACCUUGUUGUAUGUGUAUUGAUUUUGUCUCUGCUUGUAUCUAUGGUUUAUCCACAGCGCUACCUGAAAUGCCACCAACUGAGGAGCAUUUGCUUUGUUAGUGUCUGUCGAGAGUCGAUUAUUAUAUUAUUUGUACACUUAAGCCAAAUAAUUCAAAACUUCAAUGAACAACAGAGUUGCAGUCAAAUGUAUUGUAAUGGCAGAAAUAAUACCUCUUAAACACUGGCAUAAUGGUUCAAAUAUGACACAUUUACAAAUGUAUUAAAGGAGACAGAGAAAAGAUGGAAAAAGAAAUUCUGACACGUGAAUCGACAAAGAGAUUUUUUUCCCCCUAUGGUAAAACUAUCAUAAGACAUUAGUACGGCCAUUCAAUGUGAAAAUGUAUGCUGAUAAUGGUAGCAAACUUUCUGGGUGGUGCAGGAUGCAAAGUGCAGCCAUGUGUGCAGAAAGUAGAGGACAUGUUUGUGGCCGUAGGGCGCAGAUGGAGACAGAGCGGGAUCAGGAACAUUCUGUCAUUUACACAAUAUUACUGAUUGCAUAUCUAUUCUCCUUCCUUAUGGCACACCACUGUCACCACGUGAAAUGUACAUUAAACGUUGCAUCAACAUGUGUGUAA